UUUAUCAACCAUUAAAUCUAAAAGAUGAUAAACGUUUCUCUCAAACAAAUUUCUGCACAGUAUAUAUCAGAAAUCAAUGGGAAGGAAAUACAGCUAUUUGGGAAAUACACAUGGCUUGAAAAAAGGCUAGCGUCCCCGUCGCGGUGCCGGGCGCCACACCUUCACUUACCUGCCUGCCAGAAAAAAAUAUCUUUUAGCUGAAAAUUUUUUAAGGAAAGAGAUUGAUAUGGCUUAAAAGUCAAUGUGUGGUGGCAAAUAGCCAUAUACAUGUACCUUGUUUGGUUAAAAAAAACCUAGUGCUGUUAAAGCAAGUACUACUUAUAUUAUGGUCAUCAUGAAGAAAAAUAGACACAUAUGGAUGUUCUUUUCAGAACAUGAACUCAAUUGAUGCGUCACUUCUGCAGUUGGUUGGUCUUUGUUUCAAAAUACGCCAAGAAGACAAGUUAUCGGAGGAGCACCUAAAACUUGUCGAUUCUAUAACGAGUCAAGUUCAGCAGGAUGUGAAAGUCAUUAGAGAACAUCACCAUGAAAUAGAACUAAAGCUUUCUGCCACUAAAAAAGAAGAGGCCAUCCUAAAAAGAAAAUUACAUGAGUCUGAAAGGGAAAUACAAAAACUGAAAGAAAAAAAUAGAAAACUUGAAAGUAAUUCAGCAGAUCUCAAGGAAAAGUGUCGAGAAUUAGAAAGUGAACUUGAUACAAGCUGGAUUGAGGAUGUUGACAUUAGUGCUACCGGGGUUACAGAGGAGGUUGAGAGCAGUCAGGCUUUGAAUUCAAAAGGAGUUGUUGAUAUUAAUACUCCAGUAGUGACACAAAUGGAAACUGCAAAAGACGAUUCAAAGAUGUAA